AUGACUUGUCCAGCCCCGCCCGCCACCAGUCGCUAUGGGCCCGACCCCAAUAGCCACCCUGACCAAAAAGAAUUAUCCAACAUUAUCAGUAACCUAGACUCCGGCUCUGACGGCAACGCUCCCUUUGUUAUUGGUACCGAUGGUGUUCUCCGAACUCUGACACCAGACUGCGACGUGAUAGACGCUAUUGGUCUUCCACCCCGAUUGAUCAAAGCUUUUCUCGAUCGAACCACAUUUGACCAGGGGAUAGAAGAUAUGUUUCGCGGAGCGGAUGGAACGAAAGUAUCCCAGAGACAAUGGUGGAAGCCAGAUCCAUCGUUGUUACCGCCGCCGAUGACGGCAGAGGAAAAAGCACAGGCCGAAAAGGACUAUGAGGAGAAUAAGGAAAUAAUUCAGGAGAAUAUUAGGAAAAUGGAAAGUGGUGAGCUGAAACCAUGCGGGGUUAUUAUUCGGUCGGAUUAUGAUAUCAGUCCUAGGUAG